AUGGAAGAAACUAAAUUUCAUUAAUUGAAGAAGACAUUCAUUUAAAAGAAUGCAAAUUAAAAUUCUGAAAGGUUAAUAAAGCUGAAUACUUAAUAUUCUUAAUAUUAAUCUUCAAGUUAGAGAGUGAAAACAGAAAUGAAUUAAGCUUCUUUAAGUUCAAGAUUAGAAAAAUCUAAAACUAUUUCUUAGUCUGUAUGAAAUGUAGUGAUUAUUAAAGACAUAUUAUUAAUCCCCUUUAUUAAGAGAUGGACAGCUUGACUAAAUUGAUAGAUUAAAGAGGAUGGAUAAAAAUGAUUUUUUUGGUUAACUGAAUAGUUAGGAUCCAUAUAGAUAUCCGAAAAAACUAGAUGAAUUACCAUGGAAUCCAUCAAAAAGUACAAUAUAGAAAUAAAGAAGAUAGAGAUUUCCUAAGCUAAGGUUAUUCUACCAAUAGAUUAAGUAGAUAAGGUUAUACCUUUAUCUAAGUUUUCCAGUAAUUUAACAAAGAGAGUGGUCAAAGAUAAAAUUCAUAGAGGCAUACCUUUAAAGUAUUAUAAUAAAUAGAAAACUAGACAUGAUGUUUAAAUGCUUGCUGAAUGGACAGAUUUAAUGUUAGAGUAAGCAGUAGAGAAAAACUAAGGUUAAUCAGCAAAUUUGUUUGAAGAUUUGUAAUAAAUAUUCACGCUUUGUUUAAAGGAAUUGAUAAGAUAGAUUUCGUUUGAUUGUAUUGAGAAAAGGUAUCUAAAGAUAUAUUUUAUAAAAAGUGUACUUUUAGAAAAGAUAUGGACAUAAUAUAUUGAAAUCAAUUAAUCAGUAUAUUAAUUAAUUCUUGAAUAAAAUAAUUCAUUAGAGAAGGAUCAUCUAUAAGAGGUAAUGAAGACACAUUAGGCUUAUUAAACUGAAAUAGAUAAAUAUUUGAUAAUUUUAAAGAAUUAAAAAUCAGAUAUGGAUUAAAUUAUGGAGAGAUUGAUGAAAUUAAAGGGAAAUACUAAAUAUUUAAAAAAAAAUAAUAGUUAUUUAAAUUCAUAAAUAAAGUCAUUGAAAGUAGAAAUGUAAGAUUUGAAAAAUGAAAAUAAACAAUAUUCUGAUUAAAUAGAGAAGAUUAAUGAAGAUUUACAUGAAUAUUAAAGAAAUGUAUAGCUUUAAUAUGAAUAAUUUUAAAUGUCAAAUUAAUAUUAGUCUAAAAUAGAGUAUGAAUAAGGUGUAGCUAAGAAGAAGAUAUUUAGAGCUGGAACAUAGAAAUAAUUAGUUAUUCAUUCUAUUCCUUAAUAUUAAUUGCCAGAAAUAUUACCAAUGAAAAGAAAAAGCUUUUAGAAUGUUGAAAAAUAACCAACUUAACAAGAAAAAUUACAAAAGAUUUUGAAUGACAGUGCUUCUUUUAGUGAUAUUGAAAUAUUAUUAGAAGAGAGAGCUACAGAUACAGAUGAUUUAAAUUAGAUAUUAUAAUUAAGAAAAGAAGUCGAAGUCUAAACUAUAGAAAAGAAAAGCUUAGCUAUUCAAUUACCAAAGUAUAUACUUAUAUUAACUUAUGUAGAUUUGUAUUAAAAGAUAGAAGAUAACAAAUUAUAUAGACAGAUAUAUCUUAUUUAAAUAAAUGUACUAAAUUUACUCAAACGGAAUUUUCAGAUGAACUUUUGGAAUCCAUUAAAUUAGAGGAAGAACAUUUAUUAUAAUUGCAUGAAGCAAUCUAAAAAGCAACAGAACAAUAUUAAAAAAUAUUAGAUUAAAUAGAAAAAGGAUAACAACCUAAAAUAAAAGAAUUAUUUGAUCAUAUGGAUGAAUUUUCUAAUUAAAUGAAAGAGAACCUUAAUAAAUAAAAAGAAGCAAGAACUAAUUUAAUUUUAGUGAAUAGUACAUUUAAAGAUGAAAAUAAUAGAAAAGAAGAAUAAUUAUAAUAAUAUGUAUAUUAUUAUUUUUAUAUUUAUUAAGUAAAAAAAAAUAUCAGAAUUAGAAAAAGCUAAUGAACUUGCUAAUUAAGAAAUGGGAGAAUUAGAGGCUUAAUUAGAAAUUUAUGAAAAAGUAUAUAAAAUAAUAUCUAUGGAUAGAUAAAUGAAAGAAUGGAGAAAAAAUAUUAAAAAAUGAAAUCUAUUAAAACAAAUAUGGUUGAAAAAUCAUAAACUCUUGUAGUUUAACUUACUUAAACUCAUAAAUUUGCUGAGAUUAUGAAAAAAAGAAUUUAAGAUAAAAGAUUGAGCACUUUAGGUCCUAUAUAAAAUAAUUAAAAAUCCAGAUAAUCAAACAUUUCGCCUUCAGGAGCUUAAAUAACUUAAUCAUCUAGUUAGCCUUAAAUUACAAUUUAACCAAUUUAGAGUGAGUAAUUAAUUUAAUUGGAAAAGAAAGAAGAAUUAUUGCCUAUACCUGAGAAAACUACAUUAAAGAAAUAAUCAAGUAAAAAAAAUUUAAUUUAAUAACCUCCUUAACAAUAAGCUAUGUUAUAUAGAUAAACUUAAUCUUAAAACACUUUAGAAUUACCUUAAUUACAAUAAGAUAAAUCUUUCACUUCUCAAUAUAACAUUUCAGUAAUUGAACCAGAUGAUAACUAAUUUGCAUCUUAAAGGUUUUCAUCUUAACAACCUAGUUAACAACAAAGUGAAGAUGUAUUUAUAUUUAUAAUAUUUUAAUAGGAAGGAACAGAUAUUUAAUUUACACCUAAAAGUAGAGGUUCUAAUUAAUCAAAACCUAGACCUACUUAUAAAAUUGUAAAAUUAUGUAAUUAUAAUUUAAAUAGUAAUUGCCUACAAAUUCAAAUUAAGGUACAAAAAAAGGGUCUAAAAUUUAAAAAAAAGGUUCUGUAAUGCCUCAACAAAAUGAUUAGGUUUAAUUCUUUUAAGAAACCAUAACUAAUUUUAUUAAUUAAAAUUUUACUUCGAGUGAUUCUGAUAGUGAUGACUCAGAGUUUAAUCUUAGAUUAGAGGAAAUAAAAUAAAGGAAAAGAAAAAUAGGAUAUACCAAAAAAUCAUAUUUUUCAUAAGUUCCAAGUAAUAUAAUUAUAAAUCAUAUUAUAGAAUUUUAGAAUAAAUAAUCAAUUGACAGUCCAGGAUUGAAUAUGGUAAAGAAUAAUAUUGUAAAAUAAUUGGCUACUAAAUUUGCAACAAACUAAAAGGAAAUAAAUUCAAAAAUGAAAAAGAGUACAGUCUUAAAAUUCAUAACUUAAUUUUAUGGUGAAAAGUUAAAAUAAACAUAAAAUAAAACUUCAUUACAUAUAAUUUGUUAUGAGUAUUUUUUUAAUACUUAUGGAUUUAAAAAUAUAGCAGAGUAAAAGUUGAUUAGCUUUUAUGAAUCAAUAUUUGUACAUAGAGACAAUAUUAGAAUUAAUUUAUUUGGUAGAUUCCUUCAACUUUAUAGUUCUUUAUCAGUAGAUGAUCUUGAGAUUUACAUUAAGACUUUAAAACAAUUAGAUGAUGAGAAUUAAACACUUGAUACAGAAAAAGUAUUAAUAUAUUUAAGAUAAGGGAUAAUUUAUUUUAGUAGAAAAAGCAAUAUAGAUAUUAGAACAGAUACAUUCAUCAAUUCCUUAAGAAUAUAGAAAUAAUAUAGUGUCAGAUAUUAAAAUGAAUUACAUAGAGAGAAACUUGAAACCAUUUAUAGAUUAUGACUAUUAUAUAAGUAGAAUUUUGACAGGUAAGAAAAUAGAAUGAUGAUUUAGGAUAUUAAAUUGUUAAGAAGAUGCAUAUGACUCAUUAUUAAGAAGUAUUCAAUUCUGCUGAUAUGGAUUUAGAUAAUAUGAUGGAGUAUUAAGAAUUCAAGAAAUUAUAUUAUUAUUUUGAAUCUUGUUAGGGUAACUAAAUUCCUGAAAGUAUAAUGGAAAGUUAAUUUAUAUCAAGAUGUGAUUUGAUAUCAAAUAAUGAAGGAGAAAGAGCAAUGUCUUUUGAUAGAUUCAUAACAUUUUCAAUAGAACAUAAUUUAUUUUCAGAAGAUAAGUUUACUGUAUUAAAAAUUAAAAUUUCGAAUAGAAUUUUGCUAACAGUGUUAUGGAGUAAGAUCCAAUAAAAAGUAUAGAAGAUUUACAUAGACUAUGGAAUGAUGUCAAAACAAGAUUGGGAAUUAGAGUUUAGUAUGCUGCUGAAGAUGAAAUAGAAUAUUUUUAAAGCAUCAUAAAAAAAUUAGAUAAAGUAGUAAUCUUUGAUUAAAAAAGGCAUUAACAAAUGAGGAUAAACGAUAAAGCAUAUGGAUUUCAUAUAGAAUUAUUGAUAAUGAUACUAGAUAGUUAUACAUUAAUAAAUUAGUUGAGAGUUUAAUUCCAGCAGAAUUCAAUGAGAUAAUUUAAAUAGAUGAUUAUUCUUCUGAAGAUAAUAAUUGA